CCCAGCAGGACUCGAGCCAGGAGACUCUGCAGAGCUGCAGUCAGCUCCCAGGCGACUUCGGGGAAGGAACGCCCAGGAAGCAUCUCCAGCCGGGUCUCCAGACCUCAGCUCCUGGCCACAGAACUUUGUCAGAGCCCUGGGACCGACUUCUUGCCUCUCACAUCCUCACACCCGAGGGGCUUUGCCUUUCCCGCCGAGAGCACAGGGAAAGGGCUUGCAAGCAGCAGCAGGUGCAGGGAGGCAAGGUUCUCUUGCCUCCUCAUGACCCUACGAAGUGGGUUGGCUUUCUGCCUUUCAGUUUAACUCUGUCUUCAGAUUCCCAACUCAAAUGCUUCCUGAAGCUUGAAAGUGGAGGAAUUCUAAGCCUGGAGGGCCAGCCAGACAGACAUUGCCUCUAGAAGCAUCCAUUCUUUGAGCACCAAGUCUGCUGCUUGCGAGGCCAGAGUUCUGCCCAGGAAACUCCCUACCUCCUGUCUGGCCUGAGGCAUCCGUUACAGGGUCCUGCUGCAAAAGGGGUAGUGGGUGUCCAGGAGCUUUGCAGUCUAGCUGCAAAAUGGAUAACGUCCUUCCUGUGGACUCGGACCUCUUUCCAAACAUCUCCACCAACACCUCAGAACCCAACCAGUUCGUGCAGCCAGCCUGGCAAAUUGUCCUUUGGGCAGCAGCCUACACGGUCAUCGUGGUGACCUCUGUGGUGGGCAACGUAGUGGUGAUGUGGAUCAUCCUGGCCCAUAAAAGAAUGAGGACAGUGACUAACUAUUUCCUGGUGAACCUCGCCUUCGCCGAGGCCUCCAUGGCGGCGUUCAACACAGUGGUGAACUUCACCUACGCAGUCCACAAUGAGUGGUACUAUGGCCUGUUCUAUUGCAAGUUCCACAACUUCUUCCCCAUCGCUGCGGUCUUUGCCAGUAUUUACUCCAUGACAGCUGUGGCCUUUGAUAGAUAUAUGGCCAUCAUCCAUCCCCUUCAGCCCCGGUUGUCGGCCACAGCCACCAAGGUGGUCAUCUGUGUCAUCUGGGUGCUGGCACUCCUGCUGGCCUUCCCACAAGGCUACUACUCAACCACAGAGACCAUGCCCAGCAGAGUCGUGUGCAUGAUCGAGUGGCCAGAGCACCCUGACAGGAUUUACGAGAAAGUGUACCACAUCUGCGUGACUGUGCUGAUCUACUUCCUGCCCCUGCUGGUGAUCGGAUAUGCAUAUACUGUGGUAGGAAUCACACUGUGGGCCAGCGAGAUCCCUGGGGACUCCUCAGACCGUUACCACGAGCAAGUCUCGGCCAAGCGCAAGGUGGUCAAAAUGAUGAUCGUCGUAGUGUGCACCUUUGCUAUCUGCUGGCUGCCCUUCCACAUCUUCUUCCUCCUGCCCUACAUCAACCCGGAUCUCUACCUGAAGAAGUUCAUCCAGCAGGUCUACCUUGCCAUCAUGUGGCUGGCCAUGAGCUCCACCAUGUACAACCCCAUCAUCUACUGCUGCCUCAAUGACAGGUUCCGUCUGGGCUUUAAGCAUGCCUUCCGAUGCUGCCCCUUCAUCAGUGCUGGUGACUACGAAGGGCUUGAAAUGAAAUCCACCCGGUACCUCCAGACCCAGGGCAGCGUGUACAAGGUCAGCCGCCUGGAGACCACCGUCUCCACUGUGGUGGGAGCUCAUGAAGAGGAGCCAGAGGAAGGCUCCAAGGCCACACCCUCCUCCCUGGACCUGACCUCCAAUGGCUCCUCUCGCAGCAACUCGAAGACCAUGACAGAGAGCUUAAGCUUCUGCUCUAACAUGCUAGCCUAAUCCGUGGGCCCUGCGUCAGAUGCAGCCGCUAACCCUUCAUUAUCCUGCUUCAUCCAUGCAUGGAUGAACCCUUCACCUCUGGAACCCAGCAGAAAUAGCCUAACAUUGGAACUCUGGGGAGGGUUUCAUUCCACUUUAGGAAAACUACUCCUUCCUAAGUUCAUUCUUUGCCACCCACCCCUAAUCCCAUGCUGCAUGACCCGAGACAAAUGAACUAAUGUCUAUUAAGUGAGAAGGCUGAACUAGACUUUCCCUACCAUUCAUUCCAUGAGUUUUGAAAUAACUUCAACUUCUUGCGGAUGCUCAUUUCAAAAUGAAUUCUCCAGGGCAGUGACAGAUCCAUGCCUUUUGCCUGGAGCCUCUGUCUUUCUUCAGCAAAGCCAUUCUCAGCCAUGUUCACAUCAGCCUUCUUCAUCUGAUGGUUCAUAUCACUUCAGCCUUCUACAUGAUAGGGUAAGUGAAAGAAGGUGCCACAUAAACUCUGAAUGGAAACUCUACCCUCAUCUCCUAAGCACACAUGUAAAGACACGUACCUCACUAUUGCAGUUCAUGGAAAUAUCACAGGAAUGAGAGCCUUGAGUUACUUUGCAAUAUGUCCCUAGUAACUGCCCUGAGCAAUGGAUGUACACUGAAGAUGUCUACCAAAGUCAGCUGGUUCUCUACUGAUGAAGAGUCAGGAGACCCAUGCCAGGAUUCAUCUAUCUGAGCCUCUUCCUUUAUUUACAAAACAAUAGGGCUGAACUAAAUAAUCUAAAUGUCUCUGAACCUUAAUGUUCCUUGGUUCAAUGACUGUGCAAGUUUUCAGAAAAAAUCAGAGAUUGAUGCCCAGGUCUUAAAGAUAGAUAUGUUAAUCUCCCUCUGAGAUGUUCUCCCAUUGGUCCUGUAACCCUGAACACAUUCCUAUUCCUGGAAGGUUCAGGCAUUCCGUUGAGAAGAGACUUCACAGCAAAGCUUCUCUCCAGCAGGCAUUCCACAACUGAGAACUGCAUCAGGAAAGGCAAGUACAUGGGCUUCUUGUCCUGGCUGCUCAGUGUGGACAGAGUCCCUAACCCAGGUUCUUAACUGCCAGUGUAAGGCAUACGCUUUGGUGCCAGUAGAGUGAGGGGGCUGUCUCCUGCUGCAGCACUUCUGGGAAGAGGGACCUUGCAUUUUUCUCUUCAGACUCUGUGUCUCCACUGCCUGCCACAUGGCUUUGCUCCUCUCUUGUUUGUAAAGGAUGCAAUCACCUAUUACGCCUAAAAGAUAGUCAAUCUACUAAGAGACAUGAACUGAAUGCCUCAUGUCUUGAUACACCUUUGGGGUCUCUGACAGAGUAACAUGUAGUUUCUUUCUGACUCCCAGAAGCGUGCCUUGUCCAAAUGUGGCUGGAAGCCAAAGUUUUGUAUAACAUCCUCCUGUGUCUUUGUAGUUUGGAUGGUGGGCGUACAUGGACAGCAUCCAUACUGUUAUGAGAAAAUAAUGCCACUCACAAGAUUACAGCCUCCAUGAGUUUUGCGCUCCAAUCCUACAAAGGUAUCCACAUGCCUAAGGGAUGUGGUAUAGCAGUAGAUAAACCAGAAAAUCCCGAUAACCCUAUUCUGCAAUGCACCAUGGAAAAUACUAAGUAAAGCCAGCUCAAUGAAAACCUAUGGAUGGAAAACAAGAUUUAGGGGCAACCAAAGUCAGUGCCUGAAUCGUAGUCAUAUUUCCAAUAGGGAAUCUUGCCAUGUGUGGAGGGAAAGUGUCAUGAUUAUGAAAAGACCUAAAGAGAAAGUAUCAGAAGCUGGGGACAUCACAUCUAUGGAAGAGAAGACUAGAGUUAACCUUAACAAAGAUUUAUUGACUAUCUGAUCUGGACUGUGCCCUGAGCUAGGGACACAUAGAUCUUUCCAAUCCCAAGAACCCUCUAGUGCUUUGCAUUCCUAACUCACCAGUAGAACUGGUGAGGACAGGCUGCCCAGCAAGCAUAGAGGCAUCUGAGAAGAAGAUUCAUCAAAAGAUUGUAAAAACCUCCAUUUAACUUGGAUAAUCAAGCCAAAGGUCAGAGCCCCAGAAAGCUUCUGCAAUGAUGACUGUCUGGGGUGAUUCCAAUGAGAACCAACCACCAGACACCCCAAAGGACUUAAAAGACUUAGUUGGAAAGUUUCGGUCUGUAUAAAAAGAGUGAGGAUAGGAUGGCCCUGGGCAUAUUGGAUAUGACAUAAACAUCCCGCAGAGAGGACCAGCAAGAUUCCCACUGCUCCCCUCUCUAAAGCCCAUUUAACUUACAUAAAUGUCAUCAGCUCCCAUGAGUGAAAACACUGUGAUUUGCACUAUGCAUGUCUUAUUAUCAUUAUUGAAAUAUGUCAUUCUCUGUUUAUCUCCUAAGUGUGUUUCCUUGAUGUACUGCCCAAUAGUGAUAGAAUGGGAGACACCCUGGAGCCAUCUUUGAUAUGUGACUUUCUAACUGUGGGAUCCAGUUGCCAUUGAUGAGCACUUGUGUUGUGCCAACCUCCUUCCUUCCAUCAUUCUUCCCAGGGAAGAAGCACUGAAGCAGAUCACAUACUCAAUGGAACUGAGGGGUGAGAAUGGGACCUUGAUGGGAGGAACUAGCCCUGAUCCUCCUUAUCCCUCACCAAAUGUUCAGACAUAAGGAUGAAUGAACCCUGGGAAGGGAGAACUCAUGAGCUGAUCUCAUUGGCCUGGAUUUUGGGGGAGAAGAGUAUCUGUGGAAAGGGGUCACUCCUGUGGUUUCCAUGGUUUCCAUCCUUGAAUCCUAGAAAGAAUCUCUAUACAGAAAUAAAAUAUGAGUUUUGACCAGUA